UGCCGUGAGGACGCAAGUGUCUAUAGGCCCCAAACAAGUCCCCGUGGUGCUUGGUGUUCUAUACACACAGCAACUGACUGCUGAAGACCUGACCUCACUGUGGGCAGACCCUGUGCCCUUGUGUGGAACUCCAUUGACAUCAAUAGAGCUCUGCAAGGGUCUACCCACAUGGACCUCAUUGCAGGACUGAGACCCAAAUGGGCAAGACAGACGAAAGGUCUGAGAAAACUCCUUUUCUGCUGAACAGAUCAGCUGUGUGUGUGUAUCAGGUCAUGUCUGCCGACUUCAGUGACAAAAAUCAGUUUUUCUAGACUCUUUCUAGUGCAUUAUCAACGGCAUUGUUUACAAAGCUGCAGUCAGUUACACUUGUGCAAGACACUUGAAAUCACUGGAAUUACACAGGUGUUACCUGGUGCAUCAUCUGAAGAAAGUGCAGUUACCUAGGUGUCCCUAAAAGCAGAAUUUGGCCUGGCGAACCUGAACUUGCACAAGAAGGAAACCCAUAUUGAGUUUGCAUGGAUGGCAGUUAGAGACAGAGCACACCUGAUAUGGAAAUAGUUGCAAGACAAUAAACAUGGAAACCCAUAGUGCCGUGUUUGUGUUAUUUUCAGAGUCGGAACCUCACCUUAAACUUGCUUUCACUACUUUGGUGAUUUAGGUAAGCGUGCUGUGGUUAAUCUUACAGGUGUGAUGGCAUUUGCCCUAAAAUACAUAUAUAUCUUUCCUUGAGAUUCAACUACUGUGCACAGGGGACUUUUCUACAUAUUCAAAAUAGAUAAGAGACAGGUAAAAAACAGUAUUUACCACAGUGACUGGCCUGGAUACUGUUGCCACAGCAGUACAGGCCUGGGUGCGUAUAUGAUAAUUUUAUACAAAGACAUAGAUAUCAGCAUGAAAUAAACAGUUCAGAUAGCUUGUGUUGCACCUCCUGACUACAUGAGAUAGACUCAGCCAAUCAAAGAACCCGAACAAACACUGUAUGCAACAAACUAUACGGCCAGUUCCAACCAACCCAACUUGAAAUCUACACUGAAUUUUCUGUGGCCAUGAGGACAAUAAGUAAAUGUACUCAAAUUCAUCUACCUAUUUUCCGAUUAGUAUGGAUUCACCUUUCUUUGUCUUCAAGAACACCUUUGAUCUGAGUGGGAGCAUAUUUAAAAGUGUCUUGCAUAUAGGAAGUUCAGCAGCAACUACUGCUGUUUCCCCAUUACUAAAAUGGCUAUAGUGAUACCGACCUUCCUUCAUGAAAUGCUUUGAGAUCUAGAUAAAAAGUGCUAUAUCAGAGCUAAGUGUUACAAUAUUUUAAAUCUGCAAUUUUCAAAAGGACCAGUGUUAAGCAUCCAUCUCCAUGGACGUUCACUGAGAUUUGGGUGCCUAAACUCUCUCAGGCCUCUGACAAUCUCAGUCUAACGUGAUGAAAAUGUUUCUGCACUGCAGAGAUGGUGAAAUGCAGUUUCAAAAUGCCUAUGGAAGGAGCAUGUGUCCACUCCAAUGAAACGUGAUUGCUAUGCCUGCAUUUGUCAGUUGUGACCUGGUAAUCUUGCACAAUAGGGUCAUGAAUGGGUGAGUGUAUUUAGCUAGCCAUCAGGGUUAUUUCAAGACUUUUGUGAUUUCCAUGCCAUUAUCAAGGUGGGAUUUUAAAAUCUUAUUUCUGUAUUUUAGAUCAGUGAUUCUCAACCAGGGAUAUGCAUACCCCAGGGGUACGCAAAGGUCUUCCGUGGGAUACAUCAACUCAUCUGAAUAUUUGCCUAGUUUUACAACAGGCUACAUAAAAAGCACUAGCAAAGCUUUCUGGCUCAUAUGCUGGAGGAAUCCUUGCUGCGGGGGUGUUUUCAUUUUCUCGUCUAACAUGGCAGUGGUCCAUCUCAGCAGAGGUUUUUAGCUUAAACAAUCUGUUUGUGGGGCUGCUUAUGGCGCUUACUGUACAUUUUGAGGAGGCAGCCACUGCGAAGGAGAGAUCAAAGAUAUCAAAAGUUGGCGCCUUUUGCUGUGGGCUUAGUUUGUGCAAUCAGCACACCAUAGUGCUCUAUGUGUUGUGCAUUGUACUGUGGGUUCUGUUCCAACUUUUCAAAGGGAAGGAAUUGUCCUUUGGCCAUUUGCUGAAGUUGGGCUUAUGCUUCUUGGCUGGUUUGCUGCCUUAUCUCUAUCUGCCUGCCUCGUCCUACCUAAAUCGAGCACGUUGGACCUGGGGAGACCAGACGACUUUUCAAGGAUUUUUGACCCACUUUCUCAGGGAAGAAUAUGGGACAUUCAGUCUGGCCAAAUCGGAGGCAGGAUCCAGUAUGAGAGAAAUGUUGCUUUCUCAGGUAACACACAUGAAAACAGAACUUUCCUUUACUGUCCCAGCCCUUGCGAUCAUGGCGUGGUUACGUACAGCAAUGCAGGCUAAGCAGGAGAAGUCAUCAAUGAUAUGGCUAUUUACUGGAAUGUUCUGCAUUUAUUCAUUAUUCUUUGCUUGGAGGGCAAAUUUGGAUAUUACAAAACCACUUUUUAUGGGUGUGGUGGAGCGAUUUUGGAUGCAGAGCAAUGCAGUGGUUGCUGUUCUAGCAGGACUAGGCCUGGCCUCUCUUUUCUCUGUCGGAAAUACAGUGCUUGAGAACAACCGUGUGCUGCAGUGUGUGGAGUGGCUUUCCGCUGUUGCUCUUGUUAUGAGUCAAAUUUAUGCCAAUUACAGCAUUUGUGACCAAAGCCGCAAUUAUGUUGUUGAUAAAUUUGCAAGGAACCUUCUGUCCUCCAUGCCACCUGAUGCAAUAAUCUUGCUCAGAGGAGACCUAACAGGGAAUUCUCUUCGUUACCUUCAUUAUUGUGAGGGAAUGAGGCCUGAUGUCACAUUAGUGGAUCAAGAGAUGAUGACUUAUCAGUGGUAUUUACCAAAGAUGGCGAAGCAUUUGCCAGGCAUCUCUUUUCCUGGGAGGCGGUGGAAUCCUGUGGAAGGAAUAUUACCUGAUGGAACGCUCACGUUUAAUCUCCAUCAUUUUCUCAAAGUAAAUAAACAUAAGGAAGCAUUUGCGUGCAUAGGACUUAAUGAAGGGGACUCGACUUGGAGAAAAAGCUAUUCACUUUGGCCAUGGGGUUCCUGUGACAAAUUGGUUUCUUCAGGAACUGCUUUUAACCCAGGAGAGUGGUUACAUCUUACAAGGAGUAUCUAUAACUGGACUGAAGACUAUGGAAGGUUUGAUCCAUCUUCAUGGGAAGCUGUAGCAAAUGAAGAGAUGUGGCAAGCCAGGAUGAAAACAGCCUUCUUUAUCUUUGACCUUGCAGAAACUGCUAGCGUGUCUCCAGAUAUAAAAUCCCAACUUUAUACCUUUGCAUACAAUUCAUACAAGGAAAUCAUCAAUUCACAUAAAAACCACCCAGUCAAUUGGCAUAAAAACUAUGCGAUAGCUUGCGAAAGGAUGCUGCGUCUCCAUAAGGUGGAUGUGGACCCUGAAAUGUUGUUAUCUGAAACUGUUAAACAUUUCCUCCUCUAUAUGGAGAAAGCAGAGGAUGAUCCCCAGCGAGCAGAUAUUUUGCAGGCUGUAAAACACCUGAAGAAAGAGCUGCAGGGGCUGAGAAAAAUGAAGAAAAAUCUGAAGCGGCAGGCUGUAUAGAACCCAUUUGUGGACCUGCUUUCUGAAGUGUUAAAAUUCUGAAGUCGGGAUAUAAAAUUGAAUCCAUUAUUAACAACGUGAGAAGGUUUUUUAAAUACGACAGAACUGAUAGUGGAAGGAAAUCAAGUGGUCUCCUGGAUGGAAAUGUAGCACUGUUCUUUCUUUUGCUGUUGCCAGAUGAAGAGUUCUGGUAGCCAGCGCACAUUUGACAUUGAUUUGUGUAGAAAAAAAUUGGUUACCAAAUUAAGCAUUAUGUUUAAAAAAAUAAAAAAGUGAGGAAGUCCAAAAUACUGUGUAUGCAAAUACGUCCAUUGAUUUUAUUUGAUAUGUAUAAUUACUUCAUAAAUAUAUAAAAUUCAUUUCUUACAAAAAGUU